CAUGCGUGCUCCGCGCGGCUUUCGCUGUCACUUCCGGCUGUUUGUCCGGGAAGCGGAUUCGUUCGGAGCCUAGCGCGCGGACCCCGGGGACCCGGCCCACCAGCUGUACACCAGGCCGCCGCCAUGGCCCGGGACUACGACCAUCUCUUCAAACUGCUCAUCAUCGGAGACAGCGGUGUUGGAAAAAGCAGUUUACUUCUGAGAUUUGCUGACAACACUUUUUCAGGCAGCUAUAUAACUACUAUUGGAGUGGACUUUAAGAUUCGGACUGUUGAAAUUAAUGGAGAGAAAGUGAAACUUCAAAUCUGGGACACUGCAGGCCAGGAACGAUUUCGAACCAUCACCUCCACAUAUUACAGAGGGACACAUGGUGUUAUUGUUGUUUAUGAUGUAACCAGUGCAGAAUCUUUUGUCAAUGUCAAAAGAUGGUUACAUGAAAUCAAUCAGAAUUGCGAUGAUGUAUGUCGGAUAUUAGUGGGCAAUAAGAAUGAUGACCCUGACCGGAAAGUGGUGGAGACUGAAGAUGCUUUCAAGUUUGCUGGACAAAUGGAUAUACAGCUUUUUGAGACUAGUGCCAAAGAAAACUUAAAUGUUGAAGAGAUGUUUAACUGCAUUACAGAGCUAGUCCUGAAAGCUAAGAAAGAGAACUUGGCAAAGCAGCAGCAGCAGCAACAGAAUGAUGUGGUGAAAUUAACCAAAAACAGUAAACGAAAGAAGAGGUGCUGCUAGGUGCAGGCACAGCACAGAGAGCCUGCUCUCAAUCCGAACAUUCGCUCCUGGGAUGAAGAGUACCUGUGCCACGGGCAGUGCCCAUCUUUCAGGGGUUGGGGCAUUUUCUCAAUUUUGUGCUGUUAAUUUAAGAAUUUACUCCAGAUUUUCUGUUGAGAGGCGCAGGCACCUUUUUAUUGCUGUGCCAAGAAGGUGUUGUGGAUUCUUGUCGGGCCCCCUGUCCAGAGCGUCUGCUUGGAAAGGACAAUUGCAGUGCCUACAUUAUGGACUGAUUAACAAGAGUCUGUACAUACUGUAUAUUGCGUUAACCAUCCUCUUCUCCCUCAUCGCUUUUGGCUUCUUAUCGCCAAUCUGUCAUGAUGCGUGAAUAUGAACUGAUCCACUUUUUAAAGAUUUAUUAGUACAGAUGGUGUCUUAACCUUGGCUUGCGUCUGGUUUCUGUCCUUGCCGUUAGGGUAAGAUUUACUAGGCCUUGCUGUUAAUUUGCUUUUCUGCUGUUUAGUUUAUGUCAAUAUUUAAAACCAUGCUAUAGAAAAGUGACCAUUACAUUGACCAGGGCAGGAUAUAAGACUACAACAAUUUUUUUUUGGUUGUUUUUAAUGGAUUUAUUCUGAACUGUUAUCACUUGUUUUGAUCUGUCUAGAAAAAACAAAAAAACACAAAACAAAAAAAAUUGUGAAUUUAAGAAACAAAAUUAUGAAAACAAUCUGCCAAAUUUUUUUGUACCAUCUUGUUCAUAAAUGGGAACAAACGAUAAUAAAAAUGUGAACUAUGGGUCCUAAA